AGCAGAGAAAUUGAUGGAGACGAAAAAGGAUGAUUUUCUGAUUCUCUCAUCUCAUCAAUUUCACUUGUAACUCCAAAUCCCACCUUUACAGACUUCGUAACAGUGAGAUACUAACAGUCUUCUGACUUGGCCAUCGCCAUUAAUCUCCUCGCUUCUCUCUGACUAUGCAAAUUUUCUCUCUCUUUCUCAUUAAUUUCCUGGAUUUCUAGAGUCCGCGAAGCCGUUUACUGUCACGGGUUCGGUUCGGAUCCAUUCAACGAAAUUGAUAUUCAAUUACCAAUUUUACACCAGAACCUAAAAAUAUUUUCUGAAACCGGAUUCAGACGUCUCAAAUUUGAUGCCUGUCCUUUUUGUCUGAAAUCUCAAUUUUGAUGCGUUUCGUUUUUUAUUUGAAUCAAUACUGGGUUUGAGAUGUCGCAGGAAUCACCAUCAGAGCAAGAAACUGAUGAUUCAGAUGCUGAGUUCGUGGAAAUUGAUCCUAGUGGUCGCUAUGGUCGGUACAAAGAGGUCCUAGGAAGAGGUGCUUUUAAAAAAGUAUACAGAGCAUUUGAUGAAUUGGAGGGAAUAGAAGUAGCAUGGAAUCAGGUUAAGGUGUCGGAUUUAGUGCGCAAUGCUGUUGAUUUGGAGCGUCUGUACUCAGAGGUUCAUUUGCUUAAGACUUUGAAACAUAAAAACAUUAUCAAGUUCUACAAUUCGUGGGUUGACACCAAAAAUGAGAAUAUUAACUUCAUCACCGAGAUAUUUACUUCUGGAACAUUGCGGCAGUACCGGAGGAAACAUAAGCAUGUUGAUUUGAGAGCACUUAAAAAAUGGUCCAGGCAGAUUUUAGAAGGUCUUUCAUAUCUUCACAGUCAUGACCCGCCAGUUAUUCACAGAGAUUUAAAAUGUGACAACAUCUUUGUUAAUGGAAAUCAAGGUGAGGUGAAAAUUGGUGACUUGGGUUUGGCUGCCAUUCUUCAGCAGGCACGUUCAGCUCACAGUGUGAUUGGUACACCAGAAUUUAUGGCACCUGAGCUUUAUGAGGAGGAAUACAAUGAGCUUGUUGACAUUUAUGCAUUUGGCAUGUGCUUGCUUGAGUUGGUGACUUUUGAUUACCCAUAUGUUGAAUGUGCCAAUGCUGCUCAAAUAUACAAGAAAGUGACAUCAGGAAUAAAGCCUGCAUCAUUGGCAAAGGUAGAAGAUCCUUAUGUUAAAGCAUUUAUAGAAAAAUGCAUUGCGAAAGUAUCUGACCGAUUGUCUGCAAAAGAACUUUUGAUGGAUCCUUUUCUUCGAUCUGAUGAGGACAAUGAAAGUGUAGGUCGUUCUCUACAACUAAAAUUGCAUAAUUCAGGUGGUACUUCUGACCAGAUCAAUGUUAUUGAAAGUAUUAAGGAUUUUGCAACUGAUCGAAGUAGGGAUUUCACUGUACAGGGACAGAGGAAAGAUAUUAACACAAUAUUUCUGAAACUAAGGAUAGCUGAUUCCACAGGUCAUAUCCGCAAUAUCCAUUUCCCUUUUGAUAGUGAGGUAGAUACAGCAAUUGCUGUUGCUAGCGAAAUGGUUGAGGAGUUGGACCUGACUGAUCAAGAUGUUACAACAAUUGCCGCAAUGAUUGACUCUGAAAUCCAGUCACAUAUUCCAGAUUGGGCAAACCAUAAGCUUCCUGAGGAUAUCAAGUCUGCAGAGGUUGCAGACUCUGAAGUUUCCACUUCUGAAACAAAGGGUGAUUCACCAUUGGCAAAUGAGUCAAAUCCUUCUACAGUGGGUCUUGCAUUGGAAAGAUUGCCUUCAGGUCGAAAGUACUGGUCUGAUUCACCCAAGGCCAUUAGUGGAAGCUCUCCAAACAAGCUUGGACACUCGAACUUCUUUUCCUAUGAGCCUUUGCUAAGUAGUCACCAUGAGGGUGAUCAUCUAUCUACUUCUUCACUUGAUGAGUUGGAUGAGAUUUUAUGUCAUAAUAGCAGGGAAGAAGAGGAAGAAGUUAGUGAGACUGGUAACUCGCAAUCUGGUGAUGAAAAUAUUGCCUCUGUGGACCAAGAUGCAGACAAUAAAGCGCAAGUGAGGGACAAUUGCAAGAUGUUAAAGAAUAGCGAGUCAGAUGUAAAGAUGCUUGCUCAAAAGCUUGAAAAGCUGUUGGCAAAGCAGCAGAUGGAACUUGAUGAAAUGAAAAAGAAGCAUGAAGCAGCCAUAUCUGACCUUCUCAGUGAAGUCUCUCCAGAAAUUUGUCAGCAGGUUUUAGAUUUGUGCAAGUCGAAAAUGCCUGAUUAUAGAACACCGUCUCUGCAGCAGAAGAUCAUGGUACUGGAUAUUUCUUGAGAGCCUAUGCAUCUUUAGAAAGUGAAUUUGAGAUGAUAUGGCUAUGAUAUUAAAGUUCAAUAAACAAUGGAGGGAAAGUCGGCUCAAAGAUACAAUUCCACGAUCAAUUAGUCAAGAACAGAUGAUCCUGCAAAAUCUUUACCUCAAACUAAUCAUAUCAUGCUGCAGAGAUGAGGCGUGGUCCAAUAAGAAGUUUGUGUGAUUCUGAAUCACGUGUUCCUUCAUCUUGCCAUCCACAUACAAGUUUUAUCACCUUGCUUGCCCUUUUCAGUUUGGUACAGAUGAUGAAAAAUUUUGUGGACUGUAUACUUGUACAUAUGUUUUACAAACUCUUUCGUUUCAAUUAUACGUGUUCUUGUUGCUUCUUUUUA